GCGCCCGGGAAGCGGGGCAGUGGCUGGGCCGGGUGCGGGCGGACGAAGCCGCCAGCAAUUUUGCCUGCAGCGACUGCUGCUGCUCGGCACGCGGGCGGCCCUGAUCCUUCCUCGUUGGGCAGCGCCGAGGCCUCACGCACAGUCGUAAUCCUGGGGCCUCAAACUCCAGGGCCUUGACUGGACAGGCCGCAGGUUUCCGAGCCCUGCCCCGCGAGUGAGUCCGUCGGGACCCGGCCACCGCCAAGCACAGGUGCCCCAAGCUCGGAAGAACAGCUCUGCCUGACCACCUAAUCCUCUGCAGCCUUGUGGGGGAUAUUUUUAAAGAAUUAUUGAAGACAAAAUCUUUUCUUUUUUUUAAUGGCUUUACAGAAUUUUAAAUCGAAUACAAUUUGACAUGACGGCAAAAAAUGUUGGUUUGAGUUCCACAAAUACAGAAUUAAGAGGAUUUAUAGAUCAGAAUCUCAGUCCAACAAAAGAUGUUGCAUUUUUUACAAAUUGAAGGCAAGACCCUCCACCGGCAAAAGAUUACGACUCACUUUAUUGCAAUACUCGCUCUAUUGUGGUGAUUUGGAACUGAACCCUCAAUAUCUCUGAGGUAACAUUUCAUUUGUUGCGUAUCCAGUUUCCAGCACCAACUCACCAACAAAGAUUUUACCUAAAACCCUAGGACCAAUAAAUGUGAAUGUUGGACCCCAAAUGAUUAUAAGCACACCUCAGAGACUAACCAGCUCAGGAAGUGUUCUGAUCGGGAGCCCGUACACCCCUGCGCCGGCGAUGGUCACUCAGACGCACAUAGCAGAGGCUACCGGCUGGGUCCCCAGUGAUAGAAAACGGGCUAGAGAAUUUAUAGACACUGAUUUUUCAGAAAGUAAACGAAGCAAAAAAGGAGAUAAAAAUGGAAAAGGCUUAAGACAUUUUUCAAUGAAAGUGUGCGAGAAAGUUCAGCGGAAAGGUACAACAUCAUAUAAUGAAGUAGCUGAUGAGCUGGUAUCAGAGUUCACCAAUUCAAAUAACCAUUUGUCAGCUGAUUCGCAGGCUUAUGACCAGAAAAACAUUAGACGAAGAGUUUAUGAUGCUUUAAAUGUGCUAAUGGCAAUGAACAUCAUUUCAAAGGAAAAAAAAGAAAUCAAAUGGAUUGGUCUGCCUACCAAUUCUGCUCAGGAGUGUCAGAACCUGGAGAUAGAGAAGCAGAGGCGGAUAGAACGGAUAAAGCAGAAGCGGGCCCAGCUGCAAGAGCUUCUCCUGCAGCAAAUUGCUUUCAAAAACCUGGUGCAGAGGAAUCGGCAAAAUGAACAGCAGAACCAGGGCCCGCCAGCUCUGAACUCCACCAUUCAGCUGCCGUUCAUAAUCAUCAAUACGAGCAGGAAGACAGUCAUAGACUGCAGCAUCUCCAGCGACAAGUUUGAGUAUCUUUUCAAUUUUGACAACACCUUUGAGAUCCACGAUGACAUCGAAGUACUGAAGCGGAUGGGAAUGUCCUUUGGCCUAGAGUCAGGCAAAUGCUCGCUGGAGGACCUGAAACUUGCUAAAUCACUGGUGCCAAAGGCUUUAGAAGGCUACAUCACAGAUAUCUCCACAGGACCUUCUUGGUUAAAUCAGGGACUACUGCUGAACUCGACCCAAUCAGUUUCGAAUUUAGACCUGACCACUGGGGCCACCUUGUCCCAGUCAAGUGUAAACCAGGGGUUGUGCUUGGAUGCGGAAGUGGCCUUAGCAACCGGGCAGUUCCUUGCCCCAAACAGUCACCAGUCCAGCAGUGCAGCCUCUCACUGCUCCGAGUCCCGAGGCGAGACCCCCUGCUCAUUCAACGACGAAGAUGAGGAAGAAGAGGAGGAGGAUUCUUCCUCCCCGGAAUAAAGACAGGACGAAACCCACGUUUUAAUGUUUGAUGCUCAUGUGUGUUUUUAGUGUGAGCUCUUGUUUUGAAAUGAUUGCUUCAGCCCUUGCCUUUGUCUGCACUGUGUGUCCAGUGAAAACUAGGGAAACACAAUAAGCGAAUUACACGCAGGCCGACACGAUUGAGAUGAAAGGUAACGUAGUGUGAAUGAAAACUCUGAACGACAGAGCAGUAGGCCGCCUCUCAAACAAAGCAAGCUUUCUGAGGUGACCGCAGGGACAGUCCCGGGAGAACUGGGCAGCAUGAGUGAAGCCCGUUUAUCUUCCCUGAGGUGGGAUCUCUCUGUCCCCCACACCCAUGUAGCCCUCCUCAGACCUGCGAUCGCUGCAACGGACAGUCCUCAGUGACCAUGUUCCUCCCCCUCACAAGGCACAGGUGAGCACGGAAGGCCCCCGGCGGGGGCGAGUUGUAUGGUGGCGGAUGGAGAGGCCAUCCUGUGGCCUGAGGGGUCCGGACUGAACGGCGGAGCUGGUGGGAGGUCUAGUUGAGGUGCUUCACGCAUCCGCUGCCUUAGACGGCUUCUAGAAAGGAGCGAGCGCUAAUUCUUAAGUACUUAAGUGACACUUAGAAUAAUUUAUAGUAAAACUGAAAUGAUCAUUAUUAGCCAAUGCAUUGGUGCAUAGAAUUUUUUAGGGCUACUUCUGGAAGCCAAAAUAGAAUAGCAUUUCCACGUGCAUUAAAUACUUUGCCAGCACUGCCUUUUGCCAGCGUUCUAAAUCUGGAGUUUUACAGAGAAGGAAAUGGUGUCUAUAGGUUGAGUCAAAGCUAUGCAUUUCAUACAGCGUUUUCACUCAAAGAAACAAACCCCUUUGACUGGAUUGCUUGCUUACAGUUCCCCGCAGUCAUUGUGUGAUUUCACCCAGUGUGCAACUGAUGAAAAUGAACCAAAUGUCAUUACUUUUAAAAGAAAAGUCUAUUUCCAAAAUAUGAACAGCAAUGUUUUCCUAUACAUGUCACCUUUUAUACAUUUUCAUUCAUCAAAAUGACUUUAUUGAGUUUAUUCCUGGGUAAAUUGCAUUUCAAACUAACUUGAUAUAGCGUUUCACAGAAACAACGGUGAACUCUCCGGAUGGUCUGUUCAUGGUAGUGCAGUAGCUCGUGUGUUAUCUCACAGCCAGAGAGGCCCCCGGGGACCCUGCGCUGGUGUGUUCACAGCGCCUGCUCCUCUGAGGAGCGCAGUGUAGAGACAUCUGCCACGGUGGCCACACCCCAGCUUAAUUUCACAUUGAGGCCUUGAAAAAGGAGCAAAUAAUAAUGGAAAAUUAAUUCUGCAUCUUUGUCUUGAAUCAUUUGGAUCUGCCCCUAGAUUAUGCGUCUAGCACCUGUGGGGCACUCAGCCUAAAUCAGCCCUUUUCUAAGUGCAGGUGCCUUGCGCUGCCUUUCCACAGACCGGCUGGCGUCAGUCUGCCUAGGCCAUGGAAAUGUAUACACAAAAACAUAUGACUUUAAUAAAAGAGACAAAACUCAUUCUGUCAGAAAUAAGCCAUAGUGUAGGCUCAGAGUGUUCCGGGGGCAGAGAGAUGGAGGCGGGUUUUAGAGAAUUCUCCGCCUGGGUGCUGGGGCAGGUGUCUUAGGCUGGGCCCAGACGGGGGAAGUCUGAGGCUGCAAAGGCCGCAGCAGGUGCUCAUGGGCCUCUGGGAAACCCUGGCUGGAAGAUCGGCGGCUGCCGGCAGGUAAAGCCGGGCUUCCUUCCCAGCUCUCCUUUGAAAAUCUGCCGCCUCCUUUACUAAGCCCCGCCUUCCUCAUCUCUGUCUUGAAGGGCGCCUAGCAGGGACCUCGAGAGACCAAGGGGCAGGCUAGCUUUUUAGUCUUCAAAGCAUUGCGCUCCAGGUCCCAAGAUCUGCACAUCAACAUUCAUGACAGGAACAUUAAUCAUAACCUGUGCUCCACCAAACUGCAAAAUCCUUGCUAGAGUUUUUGGGAAACUGCUCUCUUCCCUCUUCUCUUUUCUCUUCUCUUCUGCUACUGCUGCUAUAGUGCUUUAAAUUGAUAAAAUAUAGGUUGAAAAGAAAAAGCAACCAAAGACUCAUUAUUGUUGGUGCCCCGUCAUUGGCCACCCCAGCCAUAGCUGUGUGCUGUUGGACCGGAAAUGGCCCUUGUUCCUCAGUAAUGUUUUUGGGUCACAGCUGCGGACAUCUGCUAGAGUCCCCCCCGUGGUCAUCAGGACAUGUUGCUGGUGUGAAUAAAGCCUUACCUGAGCAGAAAGCUAGGCUGAGAUGUUUAGAAAGAUACAUUCGGUCAUCCUUCUACAUCUCCCCUAAACAGAUCAUCGGGGCCUAAAUUUCAGCACUCAGGCACAAUUUUGUAUGGAAAUUAAAGUGAAAAAAAAAUUAGGAAAUUGUGGUUCCAACAUCCAGGCACCUUCACGGGAGGUCCCCUGGGGUUAUGUGUGCACAGCUGUGCACGCAUGGGCACCCCUCCCAGGGGUGCGGGUCACACUGAUGUGCGGGGAGUUCCAAAGGACUUUUUCCCCUUGAGGGUCAGGUUACUGUU